AUGGGUGAUAAAACGGACAUCCAGGUCUGGCUGUUGUUGGACGCGCCCAACGCAGCAGAUGACCCCAUCUUGUCCGUCUGCACUACGCACGCCACGUCCCGACCCCAGCCACACGCCUGCCGCCCCAGAGCAUGCGUCGCCUUGCCGCUCGACGUCGCCUCGCCGACGGCAGCAGCAGCCAACCCGCCCGCCGCGCUGCGCCCCGGCCCCGGCUGCCGGAAGCACCGCCGCCCGCGCCCUCCGCCCCGCGCCCCGGCCACCGCGAGCGAGCUCGGCCGCGGCCGCCAGCUCCACCGCCCGCGCGCCCGCGCCCUCCGCCCCGCGCCCCGGCCGCCGCGAGCAAGCUCGGCCGUGCCCGCGCCCUCCGCUGCUCCCCAGCCGCCGCGAGCGAGCUCAGCCAGCGCGCCCACGCCCCGGUCGCCGCGCCGCGCCCUCCGCCCCGCCCCGCCUGUCGCGUCGCGCCCGCUCCUAGCCGCUCCUCCUCUGCUCCCGUCACGGCGGGGCUGCGGGCACGUCGCUCGCCACCAGCCGCCCCGCGCGCGCCUGCCUCGCCUCCGGUCGCCUCGUCCCGCUCGCGCCUCGCCUGCCGGCCGCCUCGCCCCGCGCGUCCGGCUCGCCUGCCACCACGUGCCCUCGCCUUCCGUGCUCGCCCGCGCCUCGCUCUCUCGCCGGGGCCACGCCCGCCAGCGCGCCCCCAGCAGUGCCGGCCCUGCCACGUUUUGCCGAGGAGCCAUCGCUGUUGUAGCUGUUGUGACGAGGAGAGAGAGAGAGAAAGGGAGAGAGACCGGUGGGAUGAUGAGUGGGUGA